AUGAGUACCUUGCUGCAACAACACAAACAAGAUACCACCAAUCUUGCUGAUACUGUCACUCGUAACAUGGCAUCAAUAUUGCUUACACGUUUUCCUCUAAAUACCCCUUCUCCUGGUUUGCAUAACGCUCAGGGAAGCAGUGGUCCUUCUGGUAACACUCACGGUAACCCUGGUAGCAGUGGUAUUCUUGGUUCUCCAAUACCUAAUAACUUGAAGUUUCCUAUCUUUGAUGGAACGAAUCCUGCUGGCUGGAUCUUUCAGGCAGAUCAGUAUAUUCGGCUUCAUCAUACAAUUGAAGUUGUAAAAAUUGAUAUUGCUACUUCUUCGUUCAAAGGCGACGCUAAUGCUUGGUAUCGUUGGAUUCAACCAAAGCUCACUAAUCCUACAUGGACACAAUUUUGUUCACUGGUUCGUGAACGUUUUGCUGAUAAGAAGUUUUACAAUACACGUUUAGCGUUGUCCACACUUUCUCAACAAGGUUCGGUGCGUGAUCACAUUCGAGAAUUUGAACAACUUCUAAAUUUCGAUACAGAUUUAACAGAUGAUUAUGUCAUUGACCUCUUUGUUCGAUCUCUCAAAAAAGAAAUCUGA